CGUCGUCGUCGUCGUCUCCUCCAUCGAUCUCUUCUCCCCCCCUCCUCCCCCUCCCCCACAACGCAACGGAGCCCUCGAGGCCAUUUCCCUCUCCCCCACCCUCUCUCUCUCUCUCUCUCGCUCUCUCUCUCUCUCUCCAUACUAUACAUACACACUCUCUCUCUCUCCUGUUCUGCUUCCUCAGAUCGGAUUCACUGGGGGGAGGGAUCGGCGAUCGAGUACAGGUAUGAUUCAAGCAGCAUUUUGUGUCCAAUCUAGGCCCGUUCUAUGUGGCCUCGAUCGCCGCGGAACGCCGUUGAUCGGAGGCUCCGGAGUAUGCCGAUUGAGACGAAGGGGUGGCCUUUCGAUCCGCCCCGAUCGGGGAGCUAGGGUUUUGUGCUGCUUAAAGGUCGAAUUCCAAGUAAGGAGGAGGCACUCCCCGUUCUUGGAUAGUGCGCUAUUGCCUGGUGGGAAUGAUCUGACCUCACAUGAGUGGAAGGCAGUUCCAGAUAUCUGGAGAUCGUCAGCAGAAAAAUAUGGCGAUCGGGUUGCAUUGGUGGAUCCUUAUCAUGAUCCUCCAUCACAAUUAACUUAUAAGCAGCUUGAACAAGAAAUUUUGAACUUCUCUGAAGGUUUAAGAGUAGCAGGAGUUAUUCCAGAUGAAAAGUUGGCGCUUUUUGCUGACAAUUCAUGCAGGUGGCUGGUUGCCGAUCAAGGAAUUAUGGCUACUGGUGCAAUCAAUGUUGUUCGAGGCACAAGAUCUUCCGACGAAGAAUUGAUGCAAAUAUACAACCAUUCUGACAGCGUUGCACUUGUGGUGGAUAGUCCACAAUUUUUUAACAGGCUUGCAGAAUCAUUCAUUCCGAGGGUAGAUGUAAGAUUUGUUGUUCUACUUUGGGGUGAGAAAUCAAGCCUAAAUAGCAAAUCAAUAAAGGACAUACCCUUAUAUGACUAUAGAGAAAUCAUAAAACUAGGGCAGGAAAGCCGCGAUGCAUUGCUCCAAUCUUGCAAAGAAGGCCAACAUUAUUCGUUUGAAACCAUCAAUUCUGAAGAUGUUGCAACUGUGAUGUAUACAAGCGGAACAAGCGGCAUGCCAAAAGGUGUAUUGCUUACACAUCGAAAUCUCUUGCAUCAGAUAGAGAACCUAUGGGACAUUGUUCCUGCAGAGCCUGGAGACAGGUUCCUAAGCAUGCUUCCAUCUUGGCAUUCAUAUGAACGAGCUGCGGAGUAUUUCACAUUCACACAUGGCAUCGAGCAAGUUUACACAAAUGUGAGGUAUUUGAAGGAAGAUUUGCAGCGGUAUCAACCUCACUACCUUGUAUCAGUUCCUUUGGUUUAUGAAACACUGUACAGUUCGAUACAUAAGCAAAUUUAUGCAAGCUCUGCUGCUCGGAAGUUCAUUGCACUUACAUUAAUCAAGAUUAGUUUGUUAUACAUGGAGGCUAAGAGAAUUUAUGAGGGAAAAGUCUUAACCAAAAGUCCUAUCCAGCCUUCAUUUUUUGCUGCUAUGAUAGACUGGUUGUGGGCAAGAAUUAUAUCCACGCUUUUAUUGCCUUUGCAUUACCUGGGAAAGAAGUUAGUCUACAAUAAAAUUCACUCUGCUAUUGGAAUAUCGAAGGCUGGUUUGAGUGGUGGUGGAAGUCUUGCGAUGUACAUUGACAGAUUUUUUGAGGCAAUUGGUGUGAAGGUGCAAAACGGUUAUGGCCUAACAGAGACUUCUCCAGUGCUAGCUGUCCGCCAUCCAGCACUCAAUGUUCUUGGCACAGUUGGGCACCCUCUGAAGUACACAGAAAUCAAGAUCGUGGACAUAGAAUCAGGUAAAGUGCUCCCAAAUGGUUCAAAAGGGACAGUCAAAGCUAAAGGGCCGCAGGUGAUGAAAGGUUACUAUAAGAAUCCAUCUGCUACAAAUGCAGCUUUGGAUGAAGAUGGCUGGUUCAACACUGGUGAUAUAGGUUGGCUUGUCCCAAGUCAUGCUAGAGGGCGUAGCCGUAACUGUGGGGGAAUGCUUGUUCUCGAAGGACGUGUGAAGGAUACUAUUGUUCUUAGCACAGGUGAAAAUGUUGAACCUGCAGAGCUUGAGGAAGCUGCCCUGAGAAGUAGUUUAAUUCAGCAGAUUGUGGUUAUUGGUCAGGACCAACGACGCUUAGGUGCUCUUGUUGUUCCAAACAAAGAUGAAGUAUCAGCAGCAGCAAGAAUGAGGGCCAUCGAUGAUGAUGCGACGGACCUCAGCAAAGAUAAAAUGAUGAACUUACUAUAUGAUGAAAUCAGAACUUGGACUUCUGGUUGCACUUUCCAAAUCGGACCUAUACUGAUACUGGACGAACCAUUUACGAUUGAGAACGGCUUAAUGACGCCAACUAUGAAAGUACGGCGUGACAAAGUAGCUGAAAGAUAUCGCGAACAGAUCACGAAACUCUACAAGUAAAAUAAUUAGCUUAGAAACAAUUUCCUAUUUUCAUCACUCUGUCACUUUAAUGCUCGCGAGAUAUGUUUUUAAGGGUGUGCUCAAACUGAGGGUUUCAGUAACCUAAUAAUGUAUAGGAUUCAGUGGAAGGACUUGGUCAAUGCCGCGGUAAAAAAAAAAAAAAGAAAAAAAAUACUGGAAAUGUUAGAUUCCUUUUGUAUGUGUAACUUUCAUUUUCUUUUUUUUCAAUCUCUGUAGGAUUUUUGUGUAUGGCGAUUUUCUUUUCAAUCUAAGUAGUUUCUGAA